CCAGAGAUCGGGUUAAGAUCGCGCUGAGAGCGGAGCGUUUUGGGAUCGCCUUGUUUGCUCGCAUUUACUUUCAUUUUUGGAGGGGCUAUAAAAAGCGAAAGCAGAGCGCUGGAUUUGCUCAUAAAGACCGCAAAACUGCAAAAGUCCACUACGGAGUCAGUCGAAAUCAAAGGAUUAACACAAUGGUUAGACCCAUCUACCUGGCCCUCGCCGCUUUGCUCGUCCUGACCUGCUCUUUAAGUGCAGCUCCAUUGGGCGAGUCGGAAAUCAAUACCAGUCUCGAGCUUUCAGCUUCCAAACAGACAGAGGAGCAACUGGAGGCCCACAACUCGAGUACCGACAGCAGUGAGGAGGGCGAUGACGAUGAGGUGGAGGAUGAGGUGGCCGUGAAGACCGAAGAGGAUGAUGAUGAAGAGGACGACGACGACGAUGACUCGCUGAUCCGCAGACGUCGCGAGGUGGAUACCACUGAGGAACCUUCCGAGGAGACAGCCACCGAAAUCCCAACUGAAGAUCAGAAGGUGGAUGCCACCACUGGGGCAGCUCCAACGAGAAAACCCGUGCUCGUCCUUAUCCGCGACGCCUUGAAGAAGGUCACCACGGACCUGCCCACCGCACAGGUGGCCAAUAAUGCACUGCAGUACUUCCAGCAGUUCGAGCACUUCAUCCAGCAGGCCAUUGAGGAGGUCAUCGGCGACGAUGACGAUGAGGAGGAGACUCCGGUCACGGUCAUUCCGGCAGUGGAGGCCACCAACUAUGAGAACAAGAAGCCCGAGGUGGAGAGUCCGGAGAAGGCUCCUGAGCCCGAGGUCCCAGCUGAAGUCCCUGAAAAAGAGACCCAAGCCAUGGAACCCGUCAAGAUGGAGGAUUCCACCACUUCGACUUCGGCUCCUCUAAGCAAUGCUGUCUAGUCUAGAUAUCCGGUUCAGAUCCACACAUCAUUUCUCAGUUAUUUAUUGUCAUUUAUUUAUUGUUAGAUAUAAACUUAAUGCCAUAUCCUGAA